GCCGUUCACGGCCUGAAUUUGUCUACGCGGCUCGGGGGAGACGAGUUUUAUUAGACUAAGAUUUUCAUUAUAAAUAUCCAAAUCUGCCCGAACUUCAGAACCUUGGCUUUCCCUCUUGAUCGUCUAUACUCUUUCGUCUGAAUUGUUAUGUUUCCGUAAUCGCAAUCGUCAAUCACAUCCAGCCUCUCCAUAGCACCUGUUCGAAAGCAGUAAAAUUGCACCCCGUAUAGCACAAUGGUUCGGACCAACCUGGAUGAAGAGAAAGCCGGUUACACAGCACCCACGGUUACGGACGAUGCCACGAGUGACUACGUUCCGGCGCACUUGCGCCAAGCUCCUGACACCGGAAUUCUUGGCAAGCUUCGUGGCUUUGAAGAGGCUCUAGAUCGAAAACUGGGAGUCGAAUCGCACGGCAUUGCGCGCAAACUCCCGGAGGAGCGCGAUCCUGCUUAUGCGAAAUGGUCGAACCAGCUUGUCAUGUUUGCCCUGUGGGCUUCGGGAACGAUGAACCUCUCGUGUUUCGCUACUGGCUUUUUAGGCUGGGAACUAGGCAUUGAUCUGCGGCGAAGUAUCCUGCUUAUUGUUUUUGGGACGUUGGUUGGGAGUGCCGUCACUGGGUGGUGUGCGACGAUGGGGGCGCCCACGGGUCUCCGCCAGGUGUCCAUCUUCCGGUACUCGCUCGGCUGGUGGCCAACCAAGUUCCUGGCGGUCUUUAAUGUGGUUGAGCAAAUCGGCUGGUCCUCAGUAGGAUCUAUCACUGGUGGUCUGGCCUUGGCGGCUGUGUCUGAUGGGAAGAUUGGAAGCGAGCUCGGCGUCAUCAUCGUCGCCGUUGCCGGCUUUAUCAUGUCCUUCCUGGGACUGAAGGUCGUGUUCCAGUACGAGAAGUUCGCGUGGCUCGUUUUCCUCGUCAUAUUUGCCGUCAUGUACGGCGAGACGGCCAAGUUUGGAAACCUUGAAGCGCCAGCGACAGCGGAAGGUUCAACUUUCUCUGGCGUGGCACUUACACUUUUUGGUGUUGUAUAUGGAUCAUCAGCCUCGUGGGCGAGCAUCGUAUCCGACUUUUACGUGGAGUACCCGGUUAAUACACCCAAAAUCAAGGUGUUUGUGUUGACGACACUUGGAAUAUGUGUACCAACCUGCAUUGGUAUGUUACUAGGCGCCGUGGUCGCCUCUGCCCUGCCGGGCAACGAUGAUUGGAGCACGCAAUAUGAUUCCGGGAUCGGAUUUCUUGUCCAAACGAUGAUCUAUCCCCAUGGCUUCGCCAAAUUCAUCCUCUUCCUCCUGGUACUUUCGGGUGUCGGCAUGAACUCUAUUGCCAUCUACAGUGCUGGCCUAUCCAUUCAACAGUUCGCACGCCCGCUGGCUGUAGUCCCCAGAUUCAUCUGGACUUCCAUCUGCUUCGUGGCCAUCAUUCUGCUCGGCCUGGCUGGGCGCGACCAACUGCUGGUUUACCUCGAGAAUUUUUUGAGUCUGAUUGGGUAUUUCACGACGUCCUUCUUUGUGUGCCUGAUCGUCGAGCAUUACCUGUUCCGUCGCGGGUCGUAUGAGAACUACGAUCUCGACGCGUGGAACGACCCAAAACGCAUGCCCAUCGGGUUCGCCGGUGGCGUAGCUUUUGCUUGCGGUAUUGUUGGAGCUGUACUCGGGAUGCAAACAACAUGGUACACUGGUGUCCUUGCCCUUAUGAUUGGCGACUUUGGUGGCGAUAUUGCGAAUGAGCUAGCGUUUCUUUUCACGCUGAUUGUGUAUAUUCCGGCGAGAUAUUUGGAAUUAAAGGUGGUAGGGAGGUAAGGACGAUGUUACAUGUUUUUUUUACAACAUGGGACUUUUAGAAUAUACGUAAUGAUAAUGAAACUCUAAGUUGUUGAUAUUUGGCAUGUUGAUACAUUAUCACUAGAGUCUCAACGUAUAUAUGCAUAUCAAAUUGUUAUUGG